AAAAGUAUGAAGAAAAUAGUUGUAAUUUAUCUUCUUUUGACCCUGAAAUAAACCCAACGCUGUUGUCUUGUUUCCCUAAUCACCUUCUGCUAGUGUGGUGACUGGUGAGGGAGCGUGGUCAUAAAUUGCAGGAAGUGACAGAAUUUUUAAGUUAACAUUCUUUUCAGCUGGUGGAUUCAAUAUCCAACUGCCCUCUCCUCCUCACUCCUCACUCACCCUGCUUUUUCAUUUUGCCAAAACACCUGUCACUUCCUAAAAUGCUGUUGUCUGCCUUCCCCAUCCCUCGAGGAGGAAGUUCUUCAAGGGCAGGAACCUUUGUUUCAUUCACUGAUAAAUCCCAAACACCUUUUAGCCUUGCCUGGUACAUAGCAUGCCCUCAACAGAUGGAACCCACAAAAUGAGUCAGUCUGUAAGGAGGCAGCUCUGUGAUACAGAGAGGGGAAAUCUUAAGGGAGGGGUAAGGGAAGAAAGUUCUCUUAGCCUCCUUUAAAUGCAUGGGUUCAAUAAACUAGUAGAGUCCCCAUUUCUUCCUUGACCUUGUAAGCAUAACUGUCAGCCCAGCCGCAGAGCUAAUUUCUCUGCAUCUGUUUUAGCCGCUCCUGUGGGGUCUGUGGUUUCUGAAAGUGGAGUGUGAGUGUCUGUGUUGCUGACAAGCACACGGUGGGAAUAGGGCCCCAGAGAGAAUAGUCACUGCUGACGUUCUAGCCAUGGGUUCUGGGCCCAGCACACACUCUGCAUUGUUUUCAUGAGGUGAUUGAUUCUCUUACGAUAAAUGAUCUGUCCCAUCAGCAGAAAAAGUUGCAGUGAAUGUGCCGAGUUGUGCUGAACUCCCAGCCUCCCACCCCGUGUCCUCCCGCUUUCUAGUUUAUUCUUUCCUCCCAUCCCCAGCCGUGCAGAAACCUUUGGCAUUUCUGUCUCAUUUCUGGAUCUGGUUCAGGAUUGUCAUGAUGAAUAGUCAUGCUGCAUAUACCUGGUCACUUUAUUAUAAAGCAAGGCUCAAUCAUAUGAAAUAGCACUCUGUAGGGUGCUAAAAAAAAAAAAAAAAAAAAAAAACUGGGUUGCCACAAAUACACCAAAAUGCUGUCCUGGAGCCCAGUGCCAUAGACCCAGUCUAUCUUGUAUAGACCAUUGUCUGAUUCAUGGCCCUGAAAUACUACUUUACUGUUAUUUUGCUUACUGUUAUUCUGCUGCUUGACACUUGUUACCUGGCCCUCGAAUCUGAUCCAGACUGUCCAUAUAUAUUCUAAUUUACUUCCAUGUCCCUAUUUUCUACUCUAAUCAGAUAUGUCUCUUUUUCUUUCCUACAACAAUGAUGAUAGCAAUAAGUAUAUUAUUAAUUAUAAUUAUGAAUAUGUCUUUGGUUUCACUAGCAGUCUGAAUUCAAAUGAAGGGAAAGGAAUAUAAAACAACAGCAAUAAUAUAAUAACAGCAGCUAAUAUUUUAGCCAGUUAUAGUACUAAAUGCAUUCCUAUUUAAUCUUCAGAACAAUUUUAUAAGGAAGGUGCUGUUGUAAUCCUCAUUUUGCAUAUGGAGAAACUAAGGUACAAAUUGGUUAAGAAACUUGCCCUAAAGUUUAUAUUGCUGUUAAGUGAUAGAACAGGAAAUCAAACUCACAUCUGUUUUUCUCCAAAGCCCACCCUCUUAACCAGUGUGCCAUAGCAGGCCUCAGGUAAGCAGGUGACUGAAGAACAGGAGUGACUUAUAUGGUCACGUGGUUAUUGACAGUUGUGCUUUUUUCACGUUCGCUGCACUACUCAGCAGUGCUCUGUGAGAUGUGAAGGGGCUGAGAGGAUUUUGUCUGCAGCUGGGACUGCUCAGGGAGCUCCUCCCCAGAUCCUGUGUCAUCGACUUUACAGUCAGAAACGGGUGGCACCUCAAAAAGGGAAAGACUCUGAAACUACAAAUCCAGGUUAUAAAAGAUGGAGGCCGGCUCAGUGGUUCGAGCCAUCUUUGACUUCUGCCCUAGCGUAUCAGAAGAACUGCCGCUCUUUGUGGGAGAUGUUAUUGAGGUGUUGGCAGUGGUGGAUGAAUUUUGGCUUCUAGGAAAGAAAGAGGAUGUGACAGGACAGUUCCCCAGCAGUUUUGUGGAAGUUGUUACCAUUCCCAGUCUAAAAGAGGGCGAGAGACUGUUUGUCUGUAUCUGUGAAUUUACAUCCCUAGAAUUGAACAGCCUUUCCCUCCAUCGAGGUGACCUAGUGGUUCUCGAUGGCACUCCCACUGGCGGCUGGCUGCAGGGCCGGAGCUGCUGGGGUGCCCGGGGCUUCUUCCCAUCCUCAUGUGUUAGGGAGCUCUGCCUCUCCUCACAGAGUCGGCAGUGGCACUCACAGAGUGCCCUGCUCCAGAUUCCUGAGUAUUCAAUGGGACAAGCCCGGGCACUGAUGGGGCUCUCUGCCCAGCUGGAUGAGGAGCUGGACUUCAGAGAAGGGGAUGUGAUUACCAUUAUUGGAGUUCCUGAACCAGGCUGGUUUGAAGGGGAGUUAGAGGGUCGAAGAGGCAUUUUUCCGGAAGGUUUUGUAGAGCUUUUGGGGCCCCUGAGGACCGUGGAUGAGUCAGUAAGUUCUGGAAAUUGCGAUGACUGCAUUACUAAUGGUGAAGUGGAUACCAACACAGGAGGAGAGAGACAGCCAGAAGAGGAAGGAGAGCAGCCAGGCACCUACGGGAUUGCCCUCUACAGAUUCCAAGCCCUGGAGCCAAAUGAGCUGGAUUUCGAAGUAGGUGAUAAAAUCCAAAUCCUGGGGACCCUUGAAGAUGGCUGGCUAGAAGGAUCACUGAAGGGCAGGACAGGCAUCUUUCCUUACCGCUUUGUAAAGUUAUGUCCUCAAACAAGGGUGGAGGAAACCAUGGAUCUGCCGCAGGAAAGCAGCCUCACCAACAUCCCUGACAUGUCUCUGGAUUGUUCAGAGAACUUAGAAGUGGAAGGAAAAAGACAUGAAUCUCAUGAGCGUAAAGCAGAAAAGUCCAGCUCAGUUAUUUCUGAAACAUCCACUUCCCCACUGGAGCAUCUGACUUCUGAGUAUGAAGAAGACAAAAACUCUCACUGGGACGCAGGCACCUCAGAAGGGCCCCCAAGAAGCACAGGUUCAGGGCACGAACAGCUUCUUGCCAAAUACUCUUCCACAAAGGAUCCUUCAGAGGCAGUCAAUGGUGUUGCGUCCCAAACUCCAGUACCUUUUCAUCCUGAUUUGCAGAAAAACCAGUAUUAUUCUAUAGGAGGAGGAAGCAACCCCCGCCCCGACCAGUACUCUGGCCCUCUUCCUCUAGAAGCAAGGACUAGAGACUACUCCAGCCUACCUCCCAGAAGAACAUACUCCCAGCCGAAAACCCUUCAGAAUCCAGCGCCACCUCUUCGUAGCACCUUUUCCCAUUUAGCCUCCAGGGCGGUCAGACCCAGCCAGUUGAGCCCUCAGCUCCAGGGCAUGGCGAGGUGUGUGAAAAAGCACCUCACACCCAAAGAAAAUGCUUCCAGCUUUUGCUCUGCAUCAGAGAGAUCAGAGAUGAAGCCUGGUCUGCAAGACAAGGCACCUGCUGUGGAAGCAAUGGCACUUUCACAGGGAGACGGCAACACAGACCUGGAUUCUAAGUUGACACAACAACUGAUAGAGUUUGAGAAGAGCUUGUCAGGGCCUGGCACAGAACCAGAUAAAAUUUUGCGCCACUUUUCAAUCAUGGACUUUCACUCCGAAAAGGAUAUUUUCCGAGGUUCCUCGAAGCUAAUCAUCCAGCAGGAGCUGCCCGAGAGGAGAAAGGCUCUAAGGCCACCGCCACCCCGUCCCUGUACUCCAGCAUCCACUCCUCCCCAUUUGCCAGUGGACCAGAGCCUGAGACCGGAACCACCCUUGGCAAUGAGACCCUCUCGCCCCGCUCCCCUGCCUCCCUCAGCCCAGCAGAGAACGAAUGCAGUACCCCCCAAGCUCCUAACCUGUAACCGUCCUGGCUGGGAGACCCUAGAAAAGGAGGGCCCUGAGAACAUGGAGAAGACUUUGGACCAGACUUCCCAGUGUCCCUUAGUCUUGGUGAGGAUUCAGGAGAUGGGACAGGACUUGGAUAUGUGCUGCAGGGCUCAAGAAGAGCUGAACUUACUGCUGGAAGAAAAGCAAGAGGAAUCACUAAGGGAAGAGACCCCUGAGAAUCUUGAGUUCUACGAGAGUAACAUUGAGAGUUUGAACGUGGAACUCCAGCAACUUAGAGAGAUGACACUCCUCUCCUCCCAGUCUUCAGCACUAGUGGCCCCUUCUGCAUCUGUGUCCACUGAAAGCCCAGAGCAGAGGAUGCUGGAGAAGAGAGCCAAGGUGAUAGAGGAACUUCUCCAGACGGAGAGAGACUACAUUCGGGAUCUGGAAAUGUGUAUUGAGCGGAUCAUGGUACCCCUGCAACAGGCACAGAUACCAAACAUUGAUUUUGAGGGACUUUUUGGAAAUAUGCAGAUGGUGAUUAAGGUCUCAAAGCAAUUAUUGGCUGAUCUGGAAGUCAGCGAUGCCGUAGGACCGGUGUUUCUUGAUCACCGAGAUGAGCUUGAAGGAACAUACAAGGUUUAUUGCCAGAAUCAUGAUGAGGCCAUCUCAUUGCUGGAAAUAUAUGAGAAGGAUGAGAAGAUCCAGAAGCAUCUUCAGGACUCCUUGGCAGAUCUUAAGAGCCUGUACAAUGAAUGGGGAUGCACAAAUUAUAUUAACCUGGGCUCCUUCCUCAUCAAACCAGUGCAGAGAGUAAUGCGCUACCCACUGCUGCUGAUGGAGUUGCUGAAUUCCACCCCCGAAUCCCACCCAGAUAAAGUGCCUUUAACCAAUGCAGUCCUUGCAGUCAAAGAAAUCAACGUUAACAUUAAUGAAUAUAAACGUCGAAAGGACCUGGUCCUCAAGUACCGAAAGGGUGAUGAAGAUAGCCUCAUGGAGAAAAUUUCCAAACUGAACAUCCACUCCAUCAUCAAGAAAUCCAGCCGGGUUAGCAGUCACCUGAAGCACCUCACUGGCUUUGCCCCACAGAUUAAAGAUGAAGUAUUUGAAGAAACAGAGAAAAACUUCCGAAUGCAAGAAAGAUUGAUCAAAUCUUUUAUCCGAGACCUGUCUCUCUACCUCCAGCAUAUCCGGGAAUCGGCAUGUGUGAAGGUGGUGGCUGCCGUGAGCAUGUGGGAUGUGUGCAUGGAGAAGGGACACAGAGACUUGGAACAGUUCGAGAAGGUGCAUCGCUACAUCAGUGACCAGCUCUUCACAAAUUUUAAGGAGAGGACAGAGCGGCUGGUCAUCUCUCCCCUGAAUCAGUUACUGAACAUGUUCACGGGGCCCCACAAGCUGGUGCAGAAACGCUUUGACAAGCUUCUGGACUUCUAUAACUGUACAGAACGGGCAGAGAAGCUGAAGGACAAGAAGACCCUGGAGGAGCUGCAGUCGGCCCGGAACAACUACGAGGCCCUGAACGCCCAGCUGCUGGACGAGCUGCCCAAGUUCCAUCAGUACGCGCAGGGCCUCUUCAGCAACUGUGUGCAUGGCUACGCCGAGGCCCACUGUGACUUCGUGCGCCAGGCGCUGGAGCAGCUGAAGCCGUUGCUCUCGUUACUCAAAGUCACCGGCAGGGAAGGGAACCUGAUUGCCGUCUUCCAUGAGGAGCACAGCAGGGUCCUGCAGCAACUCCAGGUUUUCACCUUCUUCCCAGAGUCUCUUCCUGCCACCAAGAGGUCAUUUGAGAGGAAAACUAUGGACCGCCAGUCCACCCGAAAGCCGCUCCUGGGCCUGCCAAGUUACAUGCUUCAGUCGGAAGAACUCCGGGCCUCCCUCUUGGCAAGGUAUCCCCCCGAAAAGCUCUUCCAAGCAGAACGGAACUUCAAUGCUGCCCAGGACCUGGACGUCUCACUUCUGGAAGGUGACCUGGUGGGCGUGAUUAAGAAAAAGGACCCCAUGGGCAGCCAGAACCGCUGGCUGAUUGACAAUGGAGUCACCAAAGGCUUUGUGUACAGUUCCUUCCUGAAGCCCUACAAUGCACGCCGCAGCCACUCGGACACCUCCGUGGGCAGCCACUCCUCCACCGAGUCGGAGCACGGCAGCUCCUCCCCCAGGCUCCCCCGGCGGCAGAACAGCGGCGGCACCUUGACCUUUGACCCCAGCAGUGUGGCCGUGUCCUUUAGCUCAGGGCCUUCCCAGAAACAGCCUCCAGACACAUCUUCACUGACAGAAUUUGACCAAGGAACUCUCAGCGCAUCCUUGAACUCAGAGAGCAGCCCUUCCAGAUGCCCCUCAGACCCAGACUCCCCCUCCCAGCAUGGGCCCUGGGACUUGGUAGACGCUUCCAGAGACCUUCACCAGCCAGCUCCCACUCUGAGGAGCUCCCGAAACCCCAGGCAUCCAGAAAUGGCCGGUUACUCCGUGCCAGGGCGAAACGGGCAGGGUAGAGACCUCGUAAAAGGAUGUGCAAGAACAGCCCUGUCUCUGGAUGACAGAAACGGACAGCUGGGAAACAGUGAGGCGGAAGGCAACCAGGUCUAUUUUGCUGUCUAUACCUUCAAGGCACGGAACCCAAAUGAGCUGAGUGUGUCAGCCAAUCAGAGGCUCAAGAUCCUGGAGUUUAAAGAUGUUACAGGAAAUACAGAAUGGUGGUUAGCCGAAGUUAAUGGGAAGAAGGGCUAUGUUCCAUCCAAUUAUAUCUGCAAAACUGAGUACACCUGAACCUGUUCUGCCUCCCAUUCAACCUUGCUGCCUUUGCUUCCUUCUGCUGAAGGGUCCUGGUGUCCACUGAGAGGGCGCCUGCUCUUGAGACACUGGCCCUGCCUGCAUGGCUUAACCAUGGCACAGUGGGGCACAAGAUAAGCCUUGCUCUCUUUGAUUGGGUUGUCAACCUUGAUGCUUGCUAGAAUUUCUAGAAUUUGAAAUGGACCCUGGGGCUUGCAAGUGAUUCAGUGACUGUGAAAAGAGAGGCCAAUCCUGGGGUCAGCUUUUGGAAAUGAGGAAUUUCCAGUCAGAAGACCAGUAUCCAAUAUAUGCUGAAAGCUGUGCUAUAGCAUUAGAAGAAGGUGGCAUUGGUUGUGCCAUACUGAGUUUGGGCUGGCGCCAUGAUCAACUGACCGGAAACCGACUUGGAUGAAAAGAAUUCUCUGGGAGCCCUUUCAGGCUGCGCCUCUGCAUGUGGCAAGGAGUUUGUCGACCUUGUACCAAAUCUGGCGCUUUAAAACCUCAGUGUCUGGCACACAUUCACACACACACCCCUUAUUUCUAAAAGUCCCUAAAACGCUACCACCUGUAAUCUUUUUCUUAUUCAUUUCACUGCACUUCCAGAUUGCUCGGGCAAAAUUCAGCUACUUUCUUUCUCCUUUUAAAAAAUGAUUAGGGUCUUUCUUUUCCUUGAACCUUCAUCUGAAAGGUUCUCUUCCCGUUAGGUGCUGUUCUCCACACCUUGCUGACAGUCAUCUCUACUUUAUAUGGUCUGUGCGUAAUAAUGUCUCCUGGCCUCUCUCCUGAAGCUCAAUAUCUGAUAGACUUUCCUAGGAGAACAGGAUCAGAGCUCCCGCCAUUUCAUUAGAGGGAUUCAUUCUGCGAUGGGCUGAAGCCAGUCCAGCCUGCCGGGAGACUGGAUGCCUCUCCCCUUCAUCCAAGCACACUACUGUCCACAGAUGCAGAAAACAACGCGUGUGUCUUAUUUGAAUUCGGAUAAGCAGUCCCAGAAGUAGCUUAUCCUAGACUUGGAAAUAAGCAUUUUCUGUUUCAUCAGCCCCCGUGCUUCAGAGACCGUGGUCUAAGCCAAACAGAAUCUAAAGUGCCUGAUUGUGCCUCCCUCCACCUCAGGAAGAUAUUUACUAAUCCUAACACUAAGAAUCUCCCCCUGAAGUUUCUGUUUGAGCAGGGCUCUGAUUCUUGAGGUCUGCCCCAGAUAGAAAACCUACCUUGGAACAGGAAACCGUGAACUUUAUCUUUUAAGAAAGGGAAUUAAGAACAGCCUUACAGCCCUUGCUCCUCCAAAUGCACCUUUGCCUUAAAGUUAUGAUGAAUUGGGAGACACCUGUGAACUCCUUGGCCCCCCUGAGUCUGCUGGUUGGUCAGAAGGAAGCAAUGCAAGAGUCUCUUGUGAAUAGUGUUUAUAUCUAGAGAUGUUUAUAUUUAAGUAGUUAUUUUAUAAAUAAAAGCAUUUCUAAGGGCCAUGAGUAUGUUUUCUUGAUUUCCCUCCAUGUUUAGCCUGAACCUUCUCACGUUUCUGGGGGUAACUUCUUGACAAUUCAGUGAUGCUCAGAUCCCAAGAGAUGGGAGAGACUAACUGAAGAAACUCAGGUCAAAAAUUCAUUUUGUCGGGACUUCCCAGGUGGCGCAGUGGUUAAGAAUCCGCCUGCCAAUGCAGAGAACACGGAUUCGAGCCCUGGUCCAGGAGAUCCCACAUGCAGCGGAACAAUUAAGCCUGUGCGCCACAACUACUGAGCCUGCGCUCUAGAGCCCGCAAGCCACAACUACUGAGCACGUGUGCCACAACUACUGAAGCCUGCACACCUAGAGCCUGUGCUCUGCAACGAGAAGCCACCACAAUGAGAAGCCUGCACACCGCAACAAAGAGUAGCCCCCGCUCACCGCAACUAGAGGGAGCCUGCGUGCAGCAAUGAAGACGCAGCCAGAGAUAGAUAAAUAAAAUAUUUUUUAAAAAUUCAUUUUGUCAAAUAUAAUUUCAGCAGAAUCACUCUAUACUC